AUGACUACUACCGCAGCGCAAUUACGGAAGGAGCUCUGCCGCUCGCAAACUGGUUAUGGACUCAUGGGCCUGACUUGGAGAGAUGUUCCUUCAGAACCGGAAACUGCAUUCGAAUGCAUGCGGAAGGCUAUUUCCUGUUGCAAACAGGGUAAGAUACUUUUCAAUUGCGGCGAAUUCUACGGAGGCGACUUCCUUAAUCUGCACUACGUACGGGACUUCUUCCGCCUGCAUCCAGCGCGUGAACGGGUCAUUCUUUGCGUGAAGGGGGCGGUGGACAACGCAACGUUGCAGCCUGUGGGCGAUCCGGUGAGCGUGCGCAAGUCCAUGGACAAUUGCCUCCGUGAGAUAGGUGGGUACAUCGACAUCUUCGAAUGCGCAAGGUUUGAUCCCAAGGCGGUGGCCCCCGGGGAACUGUACCCACGCGCGUCCAUCGAGGCCGUCGUGGAAUAUGUGAAAGCGGGCAAAAUCGGUGCAAUAGGCCUGAGCGAGGUCACUGCCGAGCAGGUCCGGGCCAUCUCCAGGGACUACGGCGAGUACCUUGCGUGUGUGGAGGUGGAGUUCUCCAUGCUAAGCAGAGACAUAUUGCACAACGGUCUAGCACAGACGUGCGCGGAACUGGGCAUACCCAUUCUAUGCUAUUCCCCAUUGGCCAGGGGUCUACUUACAAACGCCAUCAGCACUCCUGAUGACGUGCCAGCAGGCGAUCUCCGCCGGCUCCUUGCUCGUUUUGGACAUGACGCGCUUGCGAACAACCUGCAGGCGGCCACGUUCCUUCAGGAGCACAUAAUAAAGCCUCGUGCACCGCCCCCGCCGCUGCCCGCUGUGGCGCUGGCCUGGAUUAGAUCGUGGUCAGGUACCCACAAGGGCACCCACUUCUUGCCGAUCCCAGGCGCGACCACGCCGCAGAGAGUUGAAGAAUCGCUCAGUAUCUGCGAACUGACACCGGAGGAGCUGGACUCGAUCAAUGCGUUCUUGGAGCAAUUCACUGCAGCGGGGCGCAGGGACGAGUUUUUGGCCAGAAAUUAG